CUCUCUCUCUUACUUCAAAGCGCUACUUGAUAGUGGGCUUUAGACAGUGGUUGUUGUUCCUUUCGCUUGGUGGUGCCGAACAUCACCACCAUCACCACCACCACCACCAUGCCUCGAGGGUUCUUGGUGAAGAGAAACCGGCGAUGUCCAGCGUCGUACCGGUCCCGAACAAACAGUGACAACAAACCCGAAACAUGUUACGGAGACAGGAGUGAGAAGUGCGAAGCGACGGAGCGACCGGCAGCGGGGAGAAGCGACGUGUUGAGCGCGCUCCCGUACGUGGUGCCGGGUGGACUGCUCCCGGCGUCCCGCGGGGACUCCACCGUGGUCACAGAGGCGUGGAGGCCGCACGUGGAAUCUGCGCAGUUACCGGAGAUCGAGGAGCAGGUGAGGCAGGCGGCCGGUCAAACUCCCCGCAGCGACUUCUCCUGCUUCUUCACCCCCCCUCUGCCCCCACGCGACCUGACGUCGACCCAGUCCUGCAGCCCCGUUAAACCGGUCGGCACGAGACUGCUGGACCGUCAGCACCACGAGGAGGGAGAUCAGCAGCCGCUGUUCCCCGGGAAGCGCCUCACUUCCUCCCCGGUGCCGGGGUUCCCUGAACCGCCAUUCCUGGUGAGAUCCACGCAGACCCCGGCGUCCCCUUCCAUCGAGAGGCUCCUCGCCAGCAGUAGCCGCAACGCGCCGUCCUACGAGCAUGAUAACAGGUACGACACGCGCGUGGGUCACCUGUUCCCGCCAUUGACACUAGUGAACCCGGAGCAGUUCCUCGAGCAGGACCAACGCAGCAGACUCAGCAGACCGCCCGCGAAGAAGCCCAAAGUGAACCGAAAGCUGACCUUCGAAGAUGAGGUCACGACCUCGCCGGUGUUGGGGCUGCGGAUCAAGAAGGAGCUUCCCGGACUGAGGAGGCAGCGGGAGAGGUCGUCCGGUGGCACCGCGAACCAGCCGCUCGGAGAGUACAUCUGCCAGCUGUGUACGGAGGAGUACCCCGACCCGUUCUCCCUCGCGCAGCACAAGUGCUCCCGCAUAGUGCGCGUGGAGUACCGGUGUCCCGAGUGCGACAAAGUCUUCAGCUGUCCCGCCAACCUGGCGUCCCACCGCCGCUGGCACAAGCCUCGUCCGGUAAACGGCCGCGGCGGGGAGACGCAGGCCGACGAGGGCCAGCCGCUGAGGGAGGGCAAAGAGAACGCGCUGCUGCGCACCGACGGCAAUCAGCACCCCGGGGUGGCGGACAGCUCCCGCGUGCGGCGCGAGCCCCCGCUGCUGCUGCUGCACGGUCGUUCGCGGGACAGCCCUGAAGGCGACGGCCUCGCGCGCCCCCACUACGACCCCUCGCUUCCAUAUCGGAACGCGGCCGGGAGGUGCGCGGACCCGCAGGUGAGAGAGGCUCUCGGUCCGCCCUCGAGCCGGCUUCUGUUAAACGGCAGCCCGGAUGAGGGCGCGGACCUGCCGUUUGUCCAGCUUCCCAUGGACGAGGCGGAGGAGUGUCGGUACUGCGGGAAGAAGUUCCGCCGGCAGGCUUACCUGAAGAAACACCUGGCCGCGCACGAGACGGCGCGAGCGUCUCCCAGCCCGUCUUCUUAUGGGCAAGCGCGCGAGACGAGCGGAGGACAGAGCCAGGUGUUCUCGUGUCACCUGUGCGGCGCGCGCUUCCCGUCGGCGGAGAUCAGGGACAAGCACCGCGUGUGGCACGCGGUGAGGGACGAGUUACUGGCGGGAACACCGCGGGGGGACCUGAGGCCGGAUUUGCUCCACGCGCAGGGAGGGGAGAGCGGCAGCGGGGAGCGCGAGCCGCAAGUCUUCACGUGCACGCACUGCGCGUCUACGUUCUACAGCUCCCCGGGGCUCGCGAGGCACGUCAACAAGUCCCAUCCUGCCGAGAAGCGGCAGGUGAUGCUGCUGCAGAUGACCGUCCGACCGUAAAACGCGCUGGAGGUGGACCACGCACAGUCACACUGGCAUUGCAUUCAGGAAGGUACCGUUACAAAUUGGGACGGAGGCCUGUUUGGUUCAGUUGCGAUAAAAGCGAAAAGCUCGGUGAGAGCCAGUGUGCGGCUCGCGGAUGGGUUUUGUUUAAAGCUCAUUGAGCGUCUUCAAUUGUUUGACCAAGAUACAGUUCUGACCAUAUGACUGAUAAAUAAACAAAACGUCGCUGUGUCGCUGGCAAUUAGAGACGCGUGUUGGUCGGAGCGGAACUGUCCACGGUGCUGAAACCACGCAACAUAAACGACCCGGUCAAACUACUAUUAAAAAAACGACACCAGGUCCAAGGAAGGUCUGUUGUCUUCCAGCAGGUUUUUCAGUCUUUACAGCCAACAGAGUGAAAAGGACAUUUUAAUUUUGUAGACGGGUGAAAGAUCUAAAAUUGAGUAAAAUAACAGAUGGAUUAUUAUGAGAUUAAACCUCGAAAUUGAUGUAAAUUAAAGUUACCCUUGUUCUAAAUGGCAAUUUAUUCUGUUGAAAUCUCUCGGGAUUUAAUUUGUGCAGCCAGUAACACAAUCACAAUACUCCAGUAGGGGAAAAAUGAGAUUUCUGUUCCAGCUUCUCUCGCAUCCUUUCAUUCGGCCAACACAUUAUUUGAUAUUUAAUCACAGCAACUAAACGGUUACAUUUAUUAUAACUCGUUAGAGCAAAGGGGGUCAUUAGCACUGAGGCAAAGACACAGACCUCUCCACGUGUGGCAGACGUUUAAAUUCACAGUGGACACAGUUCUGGGGUAAAAUAACCCUGGAGCCCGUGUUCCAUUACUGGCGUGAUGUGUGGAGACCUGAUAUUACAUUUAGAAAGUGACCUUAUACCCCACGAACUGGAGACAGAUUCAAUGUCUUUUUCAUGUACAGCGAACAAAAAACAAAACAAAGAAAAAUACAUAGAUUGACCAUAAUAUGCCUUUUAUAUUAAAUGUGCCGGUAAGUUUCUCAGCUAACAUAAUAUUUUCAUACCGAAAUGGAACAUUUAAUGUGUGUACUGCUAAUUAAAAAAAAAAGUAUUUAGUCUUUAUCGAUUAUGCAUUAUUGUUGAAAUAUUUGCUGAAACCAUCAUUGAUGCGGAUCAUCUCAUUGUGGUUCUAUUAAGCCUGUAAAGUAUUUUGAUAUUCUUGAAGUUCAAUGUGACAUUUAUUCUAAAUUAUUGUCAAUAAAUGUUAAGACACUA